UUUCCGGCCCGCCCCGUCCGGGCCCAAUAUCCGGCGGCUGCGGGGUCAAUGAGGCCAGUGAGAGUCAUGAAGGUGUUCAUCACGCGCAGGAUUCCCCCCGAGGGCAGCGCCGCGCUCGCCCGGGCCGCAGACUGUGAGGUGGAGCAGUGGGAUUCUGACGAGCCCAUCCCCAGAGAGGCCCUGGAGCGGGGGGUGGCCGGGGCCCACGGCCUGCUCUGUCUCCUCUCGGACCGCGUGGACAAGGAGCUCCUGGCCGCUGCGGGAGCUAAUCUCAAAGUCAUUAGCACAAUGUCUGUGGGUGUCGACCACUUGGCUUUGGAUGAAAUCAAGAAGCGUGGGAUCCGUGUGGGCUACACUCCGGGUGUCCUGACUGACGCCACGGCCGAGCUUGCCGUCUCCCUGCUGCUUACCACGUGUCGCCGGCUGCCGGAGGCCAUCGAGGAGGUGAAGAACGGUGGCUGGACCUCAUGGAAACCCCUGUGGAUGUGUGGCCACGGCCUCUCACAGAGCACCGUCGGCAUCGUUGGCCUGGGGCGCAUAGGCCAGGCCAUAGCUCGGCGUCUGAAACCAUUUGGUGUCCAGAGAUUUCUCUACACAGGGCGCCAGCCCAGGCCUCAGGAAGCAGCGGAAUUCCAGGCAGAGUUUGUGUCCACCCCCGAGCUGGCCGCCGAGUCCGAUUUCAUCGUCGUGGCCUGCUCCUUGACGCCGGCGACCAGGGGGCUCUGCAACAAGGACUUCUUCCAGUGGAUGAAGAAGACAGCCGUGUUUAUCAACAUCAGCAGGGGAGAAGUGGUAGACCAGGAUGACCUCUACCAGGCCCUGGCCAGCGGCCAGAUCGCAGCUGCCGGACUGGACGUGACGACCCCGGAACCACUGCCUACUAACCACCCUCUCCUGAGCCUGAAGAACUGUGUGAUCCUGCCGCACAUCGGCAGUGCCACCCACAGAACCCGAAACGUCAUGUCUGUGUUGGCGGCUGACAAUCUGCUGGCUGGCCUGCGAGGGGAGCCGAUGCCCAGUGAGCUCAAGCUGUAGCCACACGGGGACUCUGGGGGCCAGAAAGCAAGUGGCUCUGGGAUUCUGUCAGACGCGCCCUGGCUGGUUGGACCCACAGGCUGGGAGCCAGAGGAGAAAGUCUGAUCUGCACCCUCUCUGCAGAGGGAAGACUGGUGCUAACACAUGUGCUGCACUUUUGUGGUUGGAAGCCUCCGAGCCCCGACUGUGUAAUUCUAUUAAAUAAUUCUCGGAGAGA